AAUGCAAGGAAAACAAACCUACUUUGACGUUGCUUGCUUGCGGUCAAAAUAGGGAUUUUGUGAUUUUGGUGAAAAUAUCAAUAAAUAAGUGAUUGUAACACAAAAAUGACUGUGCACAAUUCUUAAAUAAAUCAAAUACUUUUGUGUUUAUGUGAGAAUCUGUAGAAUUAUGGUGAAAAUGGACGCGUCCAAAGUGACGAGUAAAACAAGCUCGUUGAAGGCUCUGAUCCUCAAAGCUUGGAGGGAGCGGUGGACUGAUAUACAAUGGGGCAUCAACAUCAAGACUAUACUCCCGAGAGGCGUCAGCGGCGACCUGUAUAACCUAGCAGACUGCAUCCUCCAGCAAGCAAUGGUUGGUUGUGGAGCCAACCAGUUGGUAAUAUCUUAUUUGAAGCAUUCUUUGGCAUCUCACCUCGUAUCUUACGCCGCUGUCUUACAGAGAAUCGCAAAAUUUGACGCGUUCCACAAACCUCACUGUGUUAUGAGCCUCCUUGAGUUCUUGGAGGGUGUUCUUGAUGGCAUCACUUGCCGUGGGAAAAUGGAAGAGGAAGUCCUAUCGUUUGCAGUUUCAUCAAUUAUACUGUGGCUGCUACAAGUAUACCACUACUGCCUGAGCAAGUAUCCAUCACCCAGCCCCAUACAAAGUCAAGAAUUACUAGAAAAAUCAACAUCAAUUCUAAAUUCUAUUAUCAAUGCUGAUUUCCUGCUCGCUAUGUUCUAUUUAGCUAAGCAGAAUGACCCUAAUGAGUAUAGUGAGGUAACUAAGAAAUGUCAAGAGAUCACAGCAUUUAUGAUGAUGAAUACGCAAUUUAAGGCACCCGUCACUAUUCAUGAGACUUUACAGAAGAUUUGUAAUAUGGAUAUUGAUAAAAUAGCACCAUUAAACAAUAAACCUGAGCCAGUAACUCAUUGUUUGCAAGCGUUAAUAGCUGUGAAUGUGCUGUCGAACCCUAGCGCUAAUAUGCAGCAGUUAUCCAGCCAACUUCUCAUGAUUCAGAGAAUUAAAGGGUACCCACUAUCAAGACUGUACUGUGAACUGAUAAGAGCAUGUUUCAUUUCUCUCAAUGAUUCAAGCAAAGAUGCUACAAAGCAAUCAUUGUGGGCUGCGUUUACUUUCCUUAAGAUACCUCAGGUCAUACACUACUUACACAAUAUUUGUGGUACAACAACCAAAGAUGGUGAACAUUCUAUAGAGAUUGCCGAGGCUUUUGAGAAAUUGUUGCAAUCAACACCGUUGUUAGAUGUUGUGGAUACUAAGAACUCCUGCAACAGUAUUGUUUCUUUGCUAGAGCCUCUGGUUAAGUUGAAUGUGGUAUCAGAGAGUCAUCUGGCAUACUUCAAACAGAAGCGAGAGCAUAAGGAUAUCAAAUUGCAAAAGUUGGAGCCAACAGGUCUUCAAGGAUCGGUCCCUUCAUUUAUUACAAGAGCUGAACCAACUUUAGCUGGUAUUUUGAAAACUAUGGGAGGCGAUUUCCAUAAAACUCAGGAGUCUUUGUAUGCUAUGCUUUGUCAAAUUGUUGGAGGAACAACCUUAGACACCAUAUUAGCUGUUGCUACUGUAGAAGGGAAGUUAAAAUUGUUUGUCUCAAGAUUGAUUAAAUUCAAUGAAUUUGCCUUGCUUGCUGCCAGUGAAAAGGGAGCGCCGCAGUCCAAGGUAUAUAUUUUUGAUAUAUCUUUCCUGAUUCUUUGCUCUAUAGUACAGGAUUAUGGAGCUGAUGCUGUCCUUGAUGAAAAUGGAGACUCCUUUUUUGAUAAAUGGGUAAAGGAAUGUAUGGUGUACCAAGGAGUACAUAAGUCUCCAGAUCAAAUUCUCCAAAAAUGUGAUCAGCAACUCGUGGAUAUAUUUAUUAGUCACUUGAGCGCUCCAGAUUUUGAUUUCAAAAACACAAAUAUCAAACCCCAUGAUUUAUGUAUGAAUGUAAGUGGAGUAAUAAAAGAAAUCCUGUUUGCUUGGGAGCAGGGCUCUCUUUCUGCUGCAGAUGUCAAGUGUAUGUUGGAUUCCUUGAGGCAAAAAAUGACAUCUUUAGCUGUCUGUGCUUCCGUUUGGUUAUGUUCCUACAUAAAUGUUGUGCAUCAAGAUGCAUUUUUGAAACCCAUUAACAUGGUUCAGCAAUUUUUGGUACCACCUGGUGAGGUUGAGUUGACUCAAAUUGAUAAUUUCAAGGAGAGGACUGUUUUAAUGUGUCAAAUUGUUAGAAAAAUGCAGUAUGAUAUUCAUCCUCCAUCAGUACCAAAAUCAAAAACGUUAGCAUUAACGCAUAAUAUUAUAUCGAGGCAACCUAUUUUGGAGCAAUUGCAAUCAGUUUGGGAAGAUAUAAAAUCAAGAGGCUAUCUACAUAUUGAUGCUACUCAUAUAGUAGAAAGUCUUUUGAAUACAACCGGUCCUAUUUGGUUUGUCACAAACUUGGUUAAAGAAACACUAAAAUUCCGCUAUCAAGAGGACCUUGAUAGGUCUGUGGACAUCGUGUUAGCUAUGUUUCAUUUGGAUAUUGAAAAAUGCACUGAAGCGUUGUUACUGCAUGUCUUACCUCAAUACUUAUACAACAGUAAGUUAUGCGAGGAUUUGGUAGAGCCGCAAUGUGCUAUGUUGGCAAAACUAUCAGUUUAUUGCGUUUAUGCUGCUCUCGAACACAGCAACCUGAGCAAAGGACAACCAUCUAGAAAGCGUCGUCACGAUGAUUCGGAGGACAUGGAUGCGAUGUGCACAUCUAGUAAAGUAAGGAGGUUGAAUGACAAUUCUUCCGAUAGCAUGUACUAUUCACAAGCACAUAGUGUUUCAGGAAUCACAUUGAAAGAGCCUUUACUGACCGCGCUAGAGACACUUUAUACUUCCUUCUCUCAAUUGGCUGGCAAGAACGGAGAUGUCACGCCACAGACUGAUUUUAUUUUACAGUUUCUUGUGUAUGUGGUCCAAUGUGGACAGGAUAGGGCUCCGUUGGUCUUACAGAAAAUGCCAAGUGAGUUAGUACCGACACUUAUAAAAUGUCUUCCUGAUGGCUUUAACAUCAGUCUGAUACUCCGACUGUACGACUUAACCACUCCCUAUGGACGAAAAGAUACAGCCAGGGAUUUAUGCCUUAUGAGAAAUAUGCGCCUCAGACCCGAUUAGAUAAGUUUCAUGUGCAAAAUUAUGUAUCGUCAGUUUAUGAGUUUAUAUUAUGUGUAAAAUAAAAUCGAAUUAUUCAUUA